GAGUAGACAUCUUUCAUUCAAAGUAUCUCAGUUCAGUCAUGGGGUUGUCAGUGAUCUUGCUCAGCAUUGUAACCAUGAUAGUGUGUAUGGAGGGUUCAAAAGCACAGACAUCAAAUGGUUGUGGGGUAGCUCCUCUAAACACACGUGUUGUGGGUGGUACAAAUGCCCCAGCAGGUAACUGGCCCUGGCAGGUCAGUAUACACUACAACAGCAGACACAUCUGUGGCGGAACUCUGAUCAACAGCCAAUGGGUGAUGACAGCUGCUCACUGCAUCGUUUCUACUGACACCAGCAGGUGGACCUUGUACUUGGGAAGAGAAACUCAGACCACAUCUGCUGCCAACCCAAAUACACAGGAAGUGAGAGUUGGUGUUCAGUCCAUCACUGUCCAUCCGAAGUACAACAACUCAUUAUACAAUAAUGACAUCUCCCUGAUGAAACUGAAUCAACUUGUGACCUUUACUAACUACAUUCGUCCGGUCUGCCUGGCAUCUAAUGGGAGUGUCUUUCACAGUGCUACAACCUGCUGGGCUUCAGGCUGGGGAAAUAUUGGCAAAGACCAGGCUUUGCCGGCCCCUCAGGCUCUUCAGGAAGUGGAAAUCCCAGUUGUGGGCAACAGACAAUGUACCUGCCAAUACAAGGCAAUAGAAAAUGUUAUAAUUACAUCGCAGAUGAUAUGUGCAGGUAGAGUCGGUAAAGGAAUCUGCCAGGGAGAUUCUGGAGGUCCAUUACAGUGCAAACAGGGUUCUGUGUGGAUCCAGGCAGGGAUCACGAGUUUUGGAAUACCUUGUGCCAAGGAAGGUUUCCCAGAGGUCUAUUCACGUGUCUCUGAAUUCCACAACUGGGUCACAGAGAAUGUGGAGGGAUCCAGCAUUGGAUUCAUAACCUAUUCAUCCAGUGGCACAGACACGGACAGCAGCUUUACAUGCACCGCAGCUAGCUCAAAAGCUCCCACACUCAAAUUCUCACAGUACUCUAAUUUUAUCGUUUUCUUCACAACACUCAUCUUCCUCAUUUCACAUGCAUAUUAACAUUAAACUGACGCUGCUGUGAGUUAACAUGGGUGAUGGGAAAAGGGAUGUGUCACAGUGACAAUGCACAGUAAAAUUCUGAAGAACUGGAAGCAGCCAGUAAUAAAAUGAUUUAAGAAAAAAGAAAAACUAUUUAUUUUAAAAUUGAGUGGAUCCACUCAGUGUAAGGUUUAGGUGGUUAGCUUCAGCAGUUAGCCCCUGCUGGUAGAUGUUGUAACUACACCAUUAUGCAGCCAAAAAACAUCUUUCUCCUUUGCCAUUCAAAAGAAGGUGAGUAUUCUAAAUAUUAAUUUUUCUGCAAGUAACAUAAAAAAAAAAAAAAAAAAAAAAAACAUGCAUCACACCGUAAUUUUGACUUAAACUCGUUAGUAGGAGCGUCCCAGGAACAGAGUGGUCAUUCACAUGAGUGCCCAUGAAGCAAGAUGGCAACUGAGCAACUACCAUUGAGAUGAAUGGGAAUGCUAAAAGGGAGUGUUAAUUAUCUCCAGGUAUUAUAGACCUCCUUGAUGCUUUCAGUCAGGAAAUAAAUCAGUUUUUGUUCUGAAACAGUUCAUGGUGCUAUCACAAAAGAUUUAAAUGAAUGUUAAUAAAUUAGCUUUUUAUUAGCAUAUACACUCACUGAUCAAUUUAUUAUGAACACUAUGGUCCUAAUAAAGUUCCCAACAGGGUCUUCUGCUGUUGUAGCCCAUCUGCCUCAAGGUUCGACGUGUUGUGCAUUCUGAGAUGCUAUUCUGCUCACUACAAUUGUACAGAGUGGUUUCUGAGUUACCGUAGUUAGGGUUGCCAGCCAUCCCGUAUUUGAGGGAACAAAGUUGCGUUCCAUAUGAAAUCCAUACGGUACGCUGUCCCGUAUUUUAGUGUCUCCCACCCAAACUGCUGAGAAUGUUUCAUAAAUCAGGAAAAUGGACCUGAAUCACACUCCUUUCAAGUGAGUUGUGUGAGAUAUUGGCUGUUAAGCGUUACAUGGAUGCAACACUUGAAGGGAAAAAAUAACACUUGACAGGCCGGUGAAAAAAUACAUGAAAACCAGCGCACGUCUUCUGUCUUCUGUCGAGGCAGGAGAAUUUUGUAAAAUAUAUAGCAAUAUAGCAUUUGAGUGCAUGAUAAUUGUUUAUCACCAUUGUGAUUUCAAAAAUACCAGUAAUUAGGCUACUUUGCAUAUUUCAGUGCUCGUUCUGGAAGAGAGAUCCAGCUAAAUGACUCAGCUUUAAAGUAUGCUACAA